CCUGUCACUGGACACUAGAGGUGACACAUAGGGUAUCGGUCACCAUGACCAAAUGAUACAGGGAUCAGACGUUAGAGCCCAACAUUAGACAAAGACACCCCAUAAGGGGGACCAGCCUGUGCCCCUUCCCGCCCUUGGAUCCUGUCCUGGCAGUUAGAGGAUCAGGGUUGCCCAGAGUUCGGCCCUCUUGAGCGCCGCAGGCCAGUCAGGUCAGGCGGCCAGAUGGUCACCUCGGAGCUCUGAACUAGGUCACCGGGCGCCUCUGCCAGCAGUGCCAGACCCGUGGUGGUCCCAUCCUGGGGCCCGUAACGUCUCUCCGCCCCUGCUGAGGCCAUGGCUGCGCGGGGUCAGCGCAUCCUCCAAGGCAGCUUGGCCGGCGGACCCCGAGGGGCUGGUCUGGUGGACCCCACACCGACUCCUGAGACGCGCGGAGAGGUGAGGACAAGAGCUGGGAAGGAUGACUGGAGGCCGCUCCGCCCCACCUCCGCUGAAACUACAAGCCCCGGAAGGCUUUGCAUCAGCGGUAUUGACCCCUAACCUCAGGGACGGAAGCCAUUGUUGCCUGGCAACAGCAACUCCCGUCGGGUCGCCGCAGCUGGAGGCGGAACAGUUCUGGUGAGACCUCUGCCCGGGUGUUGCGGGGGAGGGGCCGCGAAUCAGGCAGGGAAGUGGACUAGGAUCAGAGGCCGCGGGGGCAGCGGGUCAGGGCCAAGGGGUGGGACGGGGUACGAGGAGGGGGCCGGGAAUGGAGGGCACCACCGAGGUCAGGGUCCGGGUCGCGGGGGAAGUGCAGGACUGGGGAAGACUGGGUCUUGGGAUGCGCAGCCCGACACGACUCGACGCACCUUUGCAGAGCGGCGACAUGUGCGAAGGCCCGUCCCGCAUCUCGGGUCCCAUACCCCCUGACCCUACGCUCUGCCGCGAGUACUACCGGCGGCCGGCCUCGGCCCAGGGGCGACUGGAGGGAAACGCGCUGAAGCUGGACCUGCUGACGUCGGACCCGGACCUGGACACUGCCCCUCCCCGGGGCCCCCGCAUCGGUCCCGGAGCCCUAGAGAUCCUGGAACGUGGCCAGCGCGGUGUGGGGGCCGUGCUGCUGCAACUCGGGGAUAUCUCCCUAACCCCAAAAGCCUCUCCGAAGAGGAAGGACCCCAAAGACCAUGAGAAGGAGAACUUAAGACGUAUCAAGGAGAUACAGAGGCGCUUCCGGGAGCAGGAGCGCAGCCGGGAGCAGGGCCAGCCCAGGCCCCUGAAGGCUCUGUGGCGUUCACCCAAGUAUGACAAGGUGGAGUCCCGGGUCAAGGCCCAGCUGCAGGAGCCUGGCCCUGCUUCUGGGACAGAACGUGUCCACUUCCUGAGGGCACACUCCCGCUGUGGCCCUGGGCUCCCACCACCCCGUGUCCCCAGUCCCCAGCUAGCCCCACCAGAUCCCAAUGCUAAGGGUCCAGGCCUAGGUGUGGACUUCAUUAGCCACAAUGCCCGCACUGCCAAGAGGGCCCCCCGGCGGCAUUCCCGUUCACUGCAGAUCCUGGCACAGGUGCUACAACAGCAACGGCAAGCCCAGGAGCACUACAACGCUACACAGAAGGGCCAGGUGCCCCAUUACUUGUUGGAGCGCAGGGAUCUGUGGCGGCGGGAGGCUGAAGCCCGUCAGCACAGCCAGCCAGACCCUGCAAUGCCCCCUGGGCACACACGCAUACCUGAGAACCAGCGGCUAGAGACACUUAACUCUUUGCUCCAGAGCCAGAGCCAACUGCUUCGUGAGCUGAUACUACUGCCUGCUGGGGCAGACUCGCUGAGAGCUCAGGGCCACCGUGCUGAGCUGGACCAGAAGCUGGUGCAAAUAGAGGAAGCCAUCAAGAUCUUUUCCCGCCCCAAGGUCUUUGUGAAGAUGGAUGCCUGA